AUGGAUAACCAACAAGUAUGGGUCCGGGACCAGAAAGAAGGUUUCAUAAUCGGUAAAUUCACGGAUAUGGUAGACGGUGACGCAUUAAUUGUUCCUCUUGAUCCGAAAUAUCCUCAACGCACGUGCCCACUCGACGAGGUAUAUCCAGCUGGAGAAUACACCAAAGACGUCGAAGACAAUUGUGCCCUGAUGUACCUGAAUGAGGCGACUCUCCUCAAUAACAUACGCACUCGCUACUUCAAGGACAAAAUAUACAGUUACGUAGCUAAUAUCCUCAUUGCCGUUAAUCCGUACUGUCCAGUUAAAGACCUGUACUCACGACAAACCAUAAAAGCUUAUCAAGGAAAAUCGCUGGGUGAAACACCUCCUCAUGUUUUUGCUAUCGCUGACAAGUCUUUUCGAGAUAUGAAAGUGCUGAAACAAUCUCAGAGUAUUAUUGUGUCUGGUGAGUCAGGCGCAGGAAAAACAGAAUCAACUAAAUAUUUAUUGCGUUACCUUUGCGAUUUAUGGGGCUCGACUGCGGGACCGAUUGAACAGAAAAUCCUCGAUGCAAACCCAGUACUAGAAGCGUUUGGUAACGCAAAAACUAAAAGAAACAACAACAGUUCUCGAUUUGGCAAAUUUAUGGAAGUCCAUUUUGACAACAAGUGUCAAGUAGUAGGUGGUUUUAUAUCCCACUAUCUCUUGGAAAAGUCCCGUAUAUGUUUGCAGAGUCCAGACGAGCGAAAUUACCACAUAUUUUACAUGAUGUGCGCGGGCGCUCCAGCAGAAUUGCGUUCAAAACUGGGCAUUACCAAACCCGACGACUUUCAUUAUCUAAAAAACGGAUGCAGUCAGUACUUUUGUAACGAAAAAUCCGAGAAGAAGCUCAAUGAAGCCCAAAAAUCCCAGAACCACCUAGAGAAGGGAGGUCUUUCCGACCCAAUUCUCGAUGACGUCGACGGUUUUAGUACCGUUGAUCAGGCUUUCACUCGUCUCGGGCUCACUGAAGUCGAACGAAUGGAGAUCUACACGAUGGUAGCAGCUGUUCUCCACCUCGGAAACAUAGUCUUCGAAGACAAUCCCGAAGACACGCGUGGCGGCUGUAGAAUCGCCGGUACCACUGCUAAAUCCGUCACAAUGUCCGCUAAACUUUUGGGUGUUGAUCCAGAAGAGCUCAAAGAAGCGCUGGUAUCAAAAGUAAUGCAAACAAGCCGCGGAGGAUACAAAGGGACUGUUAUCAUGGUUCCCUUGAAGAUAUACGAGGCAAACAAUGCCCGAGAUGCCCUCGCGAAAGCUAUCUACAGCAAAUUAUUCGACCACAUUGUCAUGCGCAUCAACAAGAGUAUUCCCUUCAAAGCUUCCAGCUACUACAUUGGAGUUCUCGAUAUUGCGGGCUUUGAGUACUUCAAAGUCAACAGCUUCGAGCAGUUUUGCAUAAAUUACUGCAAUGAAAAACUCCAGCAGUUUUUUAACGAGCGAAUUCUCAAAUUUGAGCAAGAGUUGUACGCAAAAGAGUCGCUUAACAUCCCUAAAAUUUCUUACGUUGAUAAUCAAGACUGCAUUGACCUUAUCGAGGCUAAAAUGAACGGAAUAUUCAGUCUUCUAGAUGAGGAAUCAAAAUUACCCACUCAGAGCUUCGCGCAUUUUACCAGUGAAGUUCAUCGCACCUGGAACGGUCACUUUAGAAUCACAUUGCCGCGAACUUCAAAGCUUAAAGCUCACCGCGAGCUAAGGGACGAUGAGGGAUUUGUUAUAAGACAUUUUGCUGGUGGCGUUUGCUACCAGACUAAUCAAUUUAUUGAGAAAAAUAAUGACGCUCUGCACGCAUCGCUCGAAGGGCUGAUUCAGGAGAGCGGUAAUAAUUUUUUGCGCACUCAAUUCGCGAAUCACUCCGCGAGUCAAAAGGGUAAACUUACUUUUAUUAGUGUGGGUAGCAAGUUUAAAACACAGCUGGGUGAGCUUAUGGAUAAAUUAAAGAGUAAUGGAACUAAUUUCGUGCGCUGUAUUAAGCCCAAUAACGAGAUGGUCGAUCAUAGCUUUGAUGGCAGCAGUAUUCUCGGUCAAUUACGCUGUUCUGGUAUGACUUCAGUGCUUGAACUAAUGGAACACGGCUAUCCGAGUCGCGUUCCCUUUCAGGAGCUCUACAAUAUGUAUAAAUCGUAUCUUCCACCGGAGCUUGCUAAACUUGAACCUAGGUUCUUCUGUGAGGCUCUCCUUCAGAGUUUGAAGCUUAAUAAUAAAGAUUUUAAGUUUGGUAUUACCAGGGUGUUUUUUAAACCUGGAAAGUUUGCAGAGUUUGAUAGAAUUAUGAAGUCAGACCCGGAAAAUUUGAAGAAACUUGUUGCUGAAGUGAAGAAAUGGCUGCUUAAGUCGAGGUGGAAUAAAAUUCAGUUUUGCGCGCUCUCGGUUAUUAAACUGAAAAAUAAGAUUAUUUAUCGGAGAAAUCAUCUUAUCGUGAUACAAAAAAAUGCGAGGAUGUUUAUUGCUAUGAAACAACACCAGCCGCGUAUCAAUGGGAUUAUGAAAAUUAAAAAUUUGAAGAGUCAACUGAUAGAGAUGCAGGAGAUUGCUAAUCAAUUAAAAAGCGCUAGGGAUAAGAGUAUUGAAGAUAUUAAAAAUUUACAGUUGGAAAUUGAUGUUGCUUUGAAGAAGAUUAAGAUGGAGCAAAAUAUAAAAAGUACGGAAAUAGAAAACCUGUAUACAAAAUUGAGGAUCGCUGUUAACAAUGAAAUGACCAACCUACAAGAUAAAGUACAGCAGCAAAAAGUAGAGGAGCAGAAAUUACGUAAACUUCAAGCUGAGAUGGAGAUAGAGAGGAAAAAAAAGGCCGAAGAGUUGGCUAAGAAAAAAGAGGAGGAGGAGAAUAAAAAGAAGAAGAUGGACAUUGAAGCGAGAAGAAAAGCCGAAGAAGAACAAAGAAAGAGACUUGAAGAGGAAGAUCAAAAAGCAGCACUGAGUCUUCAGGCUCAAUUGGAGAAAGAAGCUAUGGAGGAGAGCCAUUAUCGGGAACUCCUGGAACAGGAGCGACGAGACCAUGACUUGGCUGUGCGGCUGGCUCAGGAGUCUAAUGGACAAGUCGAGGACUCGCCUCCGCCUAUCAGGAAGUCGGAGCAAGUGAGAAAUCAUCAAGCGAUGAUGGCCAAUAAAAAGUACGAUCUGUCAAAAUGGAAGUACUCGGAAUUGCGUGACGCUAUCAAUACUUCUUGUGACAUUGAAUUACUCGAGGCGUGUCGUCACGAAUUUCAUCGUAGAUUGAAGGUGUACCACGCUUGGAAGGCGAGAAAUCGCAGACGUACUACAAUGGAUGAAAAUGAACGUGCUCCGAAGUCAAUUAUGGAAGCGGCUGCUAGAUCCUCACGUAAUCCACUGAAGCAUCAGAUAACAGAAACGUCACAACGUUUCUUCCGUAUUCCAUUCGUGCGUCCCAACGCUGCAGGACAAACGGAAAAUCCUAACGCUGGAAGUAAACGUGGGUGGUGGUACGCUCACUUUGAUGGGCAGUACGUAGCAAGACAAAUGGAAUUACAUCCAGAUAAGCCUCCAAUUUUAUUGGUAGCAGUAUGGGUCCCGGACCCGAAAGAAGGUUUUAAACUCAUAGAAAAAACCAAUGUUGCAGCUUCGAAUGUAAAAUACCCAGUCGGAGAUCCCAACAAAAACGAAGAUGAUAACUGUGCGUUGAUGUUUCUGAAUGAGGCAACUCUCCUCAAUAACCUCAGAAUUCGCUACGCCCAGGACAAAAUAUACACUUACGUAGCUAAUAUCCUCAUUGCUGUUAAUCCUUACUAUCCCAUUCAAGAGCUAUACUCAGAAGAUACAAUAAAAAAAUACCCAGGAAAAUCACUUGGUGAAGAACCUCCUCACAUUUUCGCUAUCGCUGAAAAGUCUUUCCAAGACAUGAAAAUGAAUAAAUCAUCGCAAAGUAUAAUUGUAUCUGGUGAAUCUGGUGCAGGAAAAACAGAAUCAACUAAAUAUUUACUGCAGUACCUCUGCAAAUUAAAGGGUUCCAGCGAUAACUCCCUAGAACAAAAAAUUCUUGCCGCAAACCCAAUACUAGAAGCGUUUGGUAACGCGAAAACUCAAAGAAACAAAAACAGCUCUCGAUUUGGCAAAUUUAUGGAAGUCCAUUUUGCUGAAAAUUUUCAAAUAGUAGGUGGUUCUGUAUCCCACUAUCUUCUGGAGAAGUCCCGUAUAUGUCUGCAGAAUUCAGAUGAGCGAAAUUAUCAUAUAUUCUACAUGUUGUGUGCCGGCGCUCCACUAAAAUUGCACAAAAAACUGGGCAUCAGCAAACCCGACGACUUUCUUUACCUGAAAAACGGAUGCAAUCAGUACUUUUGUAACAAAGAGUCCGAGAAGAAGCUCAGUCAAUCUCAAAAAUCACAGAGCCACCUCGCGAAGGGAUGUCUCUCCGACUCAGAUCUCGAUGACGUCGAAGGUUUUAAUAAAGUUGAUCAGGCUUUCACUCGUCUCGGGCUCACUGAAGUCGAACGAAUAGAGAUCUACUCGACGGUAGCAGCUGUUCUUCAUCUCGGCAACAUUUGCUUUGAGACGAUUCCCAAUGACCCGUCUGAGGGCUGUAGAAUCACCGCUGAAACUAUCAAUUUGGUCGAAAAGUCUGCUAAUCUUUUACGUGUCGAUUCGAAUGAGCUCAAAGAAGCUCUCGUAUCACAUAAAAGGCAAAGCAUACAGAAGGUGGAAGUUAUCGAAAGUCUGCUUCGACCAGAUCAAGCAGAGAACGCUCGAAAUGCUCUCGCCAAAGCUGUUUACAGCGAACUGUUCAAUUAUAUUGUUUCGCGUGUAAACAAAAGUAUUCCUUCUGAGUCUCACGAAUACUAUAUCGGAGUCCUCGAUAUUGCGGGCUUCGAGUCCUUCGAGGUAAACAGCUUUGAGCAGUUCUGCAUAAAUUACUGCAACGAAAAACUUCAGCAGUUUUUUAACCAGCGAGUUCUCAAAUCCGAACAAGAUACGUACAAAGCAGAGAAGCUCAACGUUCCUAAGAUAACUUACGUCGACAAUAAAGAAUGCAUUACUAUGAUCGAGGAUUCAGAAAAGGGGAUAUUUAGUCUUUUAGAAAAUUUUUUGAGACGUUCCGAUUCAACACCAGAAGAAUUUACUAAUCUAGUUCAUCAAACUUGGGAUAGAAAAGAUAAGCUCAAACAGCUAUCGACAAAAUGUAGAGCUCUAUAUGCACUGAAGCAGGAUGAGGGCUUUUUGAUAAAUCAUUUCGCAGGCGAGGUUUGCUACCAGACGAGUCAGUUUAUUGAGAAAAAUAAUGACGCUCUGAACUCCUCGCUCCAAGAAUUAAUUCAGAAAAGUGGCCAUGAAUUUUUGCAAACUGGGUUCGCGACUGACCCGGCGAGUAAAACAAAAAAACGAGUGAUCCACAGUGUAGGUAGCAAAUUUAAAAAACAACUCCGUGAUCUUAUGGAUGAAUUAAAGAAAAAUGAAACUAAUUUCGUUCGCUGUAUUAAGCCUAAUAAUAAAAUGGAGCCUCGUAAAUUUGAUGGCAGCUGUGUCCUCAGUCAAUUAAAAUAUUCUGGUAUGACUUCAGUGUUCGAAUUAAUGGGACACGGCUAUCCGAGUCGCGUUUACUACGAGGAGCUCUACAAAGUGUACGAGAAGUUUCUUAGUACACCGGACCUGGCUGGCCUUAAGGAGAAGGACUUCUGUGAAGCGCUAGUUCAGAGUUUGGAGCUGAAAGAAACUGAAGAUUUCAAGCUUGGUGAAAAAAGAGUAUUUUUCAAACCUGGAAAGUUUGCGGAGUUUGACAAAAUUAUGAAGUCAGAUGAGAAAAAAAUGAAACAAUUGGUGAUUAAUAUGAGAAAAUGGCUACGAAAAUCGCGAAUUGCUAAACUUCAAAAUUUGAAAGAACAAGUUCUCAAGAUGAAGGAAAUAGCUAAUCAAUUGGAAAGUACAGGGAAUAAGAGAAUUGAAGCUAAUGACCAAGUUAGAAGGAGAACUAGAACAGCAAAAAAAAAAAAAGAAGAGCAGAGAUUAGCUGAAAUUAAAGCUGAGGAAGAAAGAAGAAGACAGGAAGAGUUGGCUGGAAAUAGAUUGGAGGAAGCAAGAAAGGCCACUGACAUUCCCGACCCAUCUAAGUGGAAUUACUCACAAUUGUAUGCCGGGUUUUAUAGUAAUGACCCGAAUAAAAAAGCGGCAUCUCUCAUCGAAAUUAGAAAAAGAUUGGAUAUUUACCACAAUUGGAAGGCUGAGAAUAAUAUCGAGUGA